UUCCGUGGCUAAUUUCUUUUAGGCGCGAUAAUUGAAAAAUAUAUUCAAAUCCAAAAUUCUCGUAAAGGUUGUAUAGAUGGCAGCACGCGACGCAAUUAGAGGCGCGUUUGACAGUCGUGAAAAUUUGUUCGGAAACGUUCGACAAAUGGCGUUCGGUAUUAAAAGUGCGAUGUUUGGUGCGUGUAAACAAAAGUACAUUGAAGUUCUGCGAAAUGUUUGGCAAACCUGACGCCAGCGUGCGAUAAAUGUUAACUUCGUCAAACGAUUCUGUGGACGUUGGUGUCGAGGAGUAUUUUGGUUACCAUCCGGUCGACAAGGCAUUCCAACGUGCAUUGUUGUCGUCGCGAAAUCGUAACUCGAGGGGAGGAGAAGGUGGCAAGGCGGAAAAAAGAGCGAUAUUUUGAGUGCAGCGAAGUUUCGCAGUUGGUCAAAGGGUGAGCUAAGAAAGGCGCCGGAAGAAUGGGGGAGAGCCAGGAACAACAACAGCCCCUGCUUCGUUCGAUCAACAACGUGUACGUGUCCCUCGUUAGGUUCAUCAACAAGACGAUGCACAACGUCGUCCUCUACUGGAUCGAUUAUCAAGGUCGGGCUGUCAGCUACGGUGUAUUGUCGCCUGGCGAUCGCCUCGACAUUGACACGUUUGUUACGCAUCCGUGGAUCUUCGUCGACCAAGAAACCAGAGACAGGUACACAGUGAACCAGAAGGAGGUGUUCUUCCCGGAGCCGAGUCCGUUGUUGUUAGUGAGACAGGAACGUCGCUAUCCCAUCAGGGUGGCUUUGCAUCCCCGUCGAAGACGCGAAAGGACCGACGUCUUCAUCACGCUACCGGUUUAUACCCUGCGCGAGCUGUGUCUGAGGGCCAUCAGGCGUCGUUUGACGCACGAUGAACAGGCGUUUCAGCUCGACAUUCCGAGGAGCCUUCAGUACGAGCUCGCGAUCAUGCUGCUGAAAAACGAGGAAAUCAAUAACGCUCGAAACUUGUAGCGAUCGAUUCGUACGACUUAGCGAGUGCCAGCCUGAUGUCUCCUCUGAUCCCUGGAUCUCCGCCAUCGUGAUAUUCAGGUGACUCUGGUCGGAAGAUUCUGCCAGUAUAGCGGUUGGUUUGCCGGUGGUUUCGCGGGGAAAGCGUUUUCCGGUCUAUUGGCUUUGAAGAGGAACUUACUUUGGAUUUUCGGGGUUGCUGCGGCAUAGCUUCAGGAAAUUGGACUUGGAGGCUUCUCAAUGGAAGGUGGGAUAUUUCAGGACGGUUUUUGGAGGAUCCGUUGGCGGCUCCGAUGGUUUUUAGGCAGCACGCAACGAGCUAGGGAUUUUCGAACGGUGUUAGAAACCGCGCGAGCGACUACAUAUCUGUUGAUCGCUUUGUAGCGCCGUAUUCUGACUCAUGAAAGUAUUUGAGAACUUAGCAUGUAGGAAUUAUACUUAUAUGGUAACUUUUUGUAUUUGAACGCCAUAACCUGGGAAUCUUUUAUAGAUACAUUACGCGAGUUAUACGAAACGUUUCAGAAUUUUGUUAGAAUUCGAGAUACGAGUAUCCUGAUACAUUGUUAAGACUUGAGAACGAUGAAAACGUGGCAGUUCGAUUUUACAUGGAAAACCAAAAGAGUAGAUAUUAAAAUUGUAAUUGCAAGUACACUUAGAAGAAUACAAAAAUCUGUAAAAAUGUUAUUAGCAUAAAAUCAUGAAAAUUCGUGAAAUAAACUUCGCCAGGAGGAAGUUUGGAUUACAACAAAACUAUAUCGCAAAUUCGCGGAACAAACGUUUGGCUCGAUCGGCACGUGUUUGCCUCGAUUCACCGAAAAGCCACGAUAGUCUGUUGAGUUACGUCGCUUCCCUCUCGAAACCGCGAUACGUGUACAAUGUGUACAUACGUGUAAUAUAUGUGUGUAUUUUAUCGCUUGAACGUUUGGAGCUUAUCGACGCGCGCCGAAUUCCUCCAGAGCUUGUCCGCCUUCCGCGAAAAAACCACCAGUUUCGACAAUUUUUAACCAGGCUAGUUCCCGAAUCUAUUUGUCUCUUAUUUUGACAAUCAAAAAAAGCUCUUAAUAUUUGGAAAAAAAAUUGUAACAUUCAAAUAGACUAUGGAUUUUCGUGACAAAACUUCUUACUUUAUGAAAAUAAUUCAAAGUAUAGGAGAUAUCUGUUUCGUCUGUUAGGAACUGCGGCGAAUAUACUCUUUGUAUAUUUUGUACGCUUUUGUAUAUUAUGCCCACUCUUUGCAUAUCGCCGCUUUUAAGUUUGAUCGAUGAUGGAUCGUUUAUCGUUUAUACACAAUAUCAAACAAAAAGCUUUUUUCGUCCUUUUCGAUCUAAUGAAAUUUUUGGCAAUAGAAGAAACCGCGAUUAGAUUGAAAAUAAUUGAACGAAAAUAAUUAAACGUAGAAAAUAUUAAAAACGUUGCAAAUACAAUGUAUCGCUGUUUGAGUUCUUUGAUAUCGUUUAAUUCUUAUCGUGCAUUGUUAUGCACGUUGCACGUCGAGAUUUCGUUUAACUCUGUUCGAAGCGUUCGAAAAAAAUUAACACAUUCCACGUGAUUUCUGAUAUAAUCGAUAAACUAUCCGCUUCGGUAAUUGUCUUCCUCUUUUCUUUUAUUUCUCUUCGUUGAUUACGAUAAUCAAUAAACCGUAAGUAAUUAAAGUCUGAUCAAUGUAAUUCUGAAUUAAUUGCGAGAUUAAAGACGAUCUGCGUUUGGUAGAUUAAUUAAAAGUAGGCUCUCGAGGGAACAAAUAUUUUACUCGUUUCCUUCGCAACUCAUUUUUAUCAAUUUUACAAUUUGAUAACAGUUUCAUACAUAUAAUUAGUCUACGGUCAAAUGUUACUAUUAUAGUAUCAAUUAAUUGUGAUUAUUAGUAUGUUUAAUUUAAGGUACAUAAAGGAGGGAACUGUUGCUCCCUUAGAGAUAGUCAUUCAUAUUUUUCAUAUCCUAUAUUUUCAUAAUAAAAUCUGCUAAACAUUCUAUCGGUGGAAAUGUUGCUACUUUUUAAGAGACUCUCUUGUGAUAAGAGACAUUGCGGUAAUCUUUUAUUAACUCGAUGUAAAUUACCUGACUUGUAAGUAUUUUUACUCGUAAAUACUUUUAAGGUGAUUAAAUGGCAUGAGAAAAAAUAGUGAUUUAUUGUUUCCUCGAUGAACCUAUCCAUCGUUCUCUCCUUUCGUUUUUAAGCUUCAUUUUCCCAUUGGUUGCGGACCAGAAGAUUUACGAUUAUCAGGAAAAUUGUCCGAUAAAACGUAGAUGUAGGAAAAAUCACUUGGAAUGGGGAACGCCGUUGUUUGAUUAUUUAAAAAAAUAUUUAAUUCUGUUUGAAAAUCUUCGCCAUUGAACAAUUUAUGUAUUUCUAUUCUGCUAUCGUUUCAAUGUCGAUCCGACGGUUAUGGGUAAAACCGAACAUCCAGGACAAAGAAGAAAUCCAGGAUAAAAGCUUCGAACGACGAAUCCAAUCGAACAAUUAAAAUAUAGAAUAUCCCGAAGUAUGAUUUUAAUGAAUGAUUAUUUUAAGCGAAGGAG